UUCCUUGCAUAUAAAUAUUUUUAAAGUAGAAUGGUAUUUUGCGGUGAAGUGUUAUCGCAUAUUUAUAUUGUUUAUUGCAGGUAGCACGAAUAAAUUUAUUGUUGGUUAUUCGUAAAGUUAACAUUCACUCAAUGAACAAUCAAAAUGUUAAAAUUUCUACGUGUCAAAAAUCACUAUAUUCGGAUGGUGUCAAAAAGUCCUUUCGGUCAACGUAGUUGCGGCGAACAAAGGUUUCGUUAUUGUACGAACCAUAAUACUAAUCUAGGAGACGAUUUGCCGUUGUCCACUGUAUCUAUCAGCGACUUUUACAAAGUGCACAGUGCUACUGCGUUGUGGAAUAAGGAAGAACUCUUCAAUCAAAUCAACAGAUUAAUCAAAUGCGGCCGGGAUGACUUCGAUAUUAUUUACAAGAUAAAUAAACGGAUUCUAAAGGCAGCUCCACCAAAAAUGAUUACGGAUAAUAUUCAAUUGCUUCUGGAACGGGGCGUCGGAGAACAAUCCAUUCUCAACUAUCCAAAAAUUCUAUCAAUUAGCACAGUGGACCUUGCACAGAAAUUAUCUGUUUUGGAAAACUUUAAAUAUCUUGAAGAUAUUAACCAUAUGGUACCAUUUCUCAACAUUCGACACAGUGUUUUAGAAAGAGUUGUUGAGAUUUCUCAGAACGAAACAAUAAUGUAUGGAAAUCGUUUAUACUACCUACGCGCCAAGACUGGACAGGAUGUGCACACGAUUGCCCGCUAUCUAGCUACUAGUAUCAGCGUGUACAAGAUAACUUUGGAAAAGUUUCAAUUGAAUCUUGAUUACUGUCUCCAGCACUUGGAACCCGCGGACGUGGUUAGGCAUUUGUCGAUCCUGGCUUACGCGAGCUCAUCCAUUGUCGAAAGAUUGCAAAUGUUGAAAACUUUUCCAUUAAAUAAGGUAAAACCGUGGAUGGUUAGAGUGCCCAACCUAGCACUAGAGAAAACCUUCGACAAAGUCUUGCAACAAGGCGGUGAUCGAACUUUCAAAAACCCUCUUUCCGUUGUUUGGUUUGAAAAUCACAUAGUUCAAAAAAUGAAAGGUUUGUACGACUUUAGCGAAAAAGAAGCGAAAGCGAUUUACACCAUUUGCAAGGGAGGUGUUGCGUUGCUGGACAAUAUGGAACAGUUGCAACAGAAAGGUGUUCGAAAAGAGACUAUACUAAAGAAUCCUUUAGUGCUAGCUGCCUCAAAAGAAGACCUUGAUUCCAAAUUAAGGAUCUUGUCCAGCUUGAAUACGUUGCGACAUUUAAAUGACGUCAUUCCUCUUUGUCAAUUGAAAACUUAUCAAGUGCUGAAGAUUGUACGUUAUAUGAACAACGAGCAACUGCCGAAAGGAAAUAAUCGGAUAUAUCAUUUCGCAGAUCGAACAGGAAUUGAUCCAGCAGUUGUGGCUAAUCAAUUUGCUCGUCGUACAUUUAUGUUUCGCAUUCCGAAGCAAAGCUUUAUUGAAAACCUUGAAUUGUUCGCAACAAACAUGAGCUGUGAAGAUGUGCUAGCCGAUUUGUGGGCUUUUAAGUACUCCCCGGCGGUAGUAGCGGAAAGAAUAGCCCGCGCCCGAGCAGUCCGUGGGAAAAAGCUAAUGCCUUGGAUGGUUCGCUGUCCCGAUGCCGUACUUGAGAAGUCACUUCAGCUGACGAAGGAUGAUCGUGAACUUCUGGGUGAUAACGAUACCAUCGUCGAAUACUUAGGUGAACGAUUAGGAUUUGAUCGAGAUAUUACAAACGCUAUCAUCCUUAAAACGCCCGCGGUAAAACAUGUGCGUAUCAUGAAAGUCAAAAAGAUGAUCGAUUAUCUACUAGACGAGCUGGACUACACACCUCACGAUAUCGCUUUGAACAUACGUAUUCUAAUGCACAGUUUGGAGACCACAAAAAAGCGAAUGGAACAACUGAAAGAGAUCGGCUGUCGACCUCGAUCGUUGGUUAUUGUUUGUAAGAGUCAGCGUCAGUACGACAUGUUUGUAAAGGAGUGGUUGGAAGGGAAACAGCGGAGGCAGAAAUGGCUUGAAUCCAACAGCAGCUAAAAGUGUUUGAUUUUAAAGUGCUCCUACGUCCUGAUAAAACUAAUGAAUAAAAAAACUCC